AUGGACCUCGGUAAUGUGCCACACAGUGUGAGUCAACUGCUACAACGUUUUAUUCUGAGAGACGGCGUCAUUGUGGGCUGGGGAUCGGGCUGUAAUGGUGAACUUGGCACCACCUAUUGUUGUAACCUUAUUACCCCCUUGGUGAUUAGUGGCCGUGACAAGGCUAUACGGAUUGGCUGUUCUUCAACCUCCUCCGUAUGGCUGGGUACACGCGGGACGGUCAUUACAAUGGGAAGCGGCCGGUGGGGGGAACUUGGGGUACCCAAUCCAAAAACGUGUCCGCUUGUUUCCGCCACUGAUAAUGGAAUUCCCAUUGCCAUUAUACAGAUUGAAUUGCCCAGGCUUUUAGGAGGGGAUAUGUUUAUCGAUGUUCAAGGUGGUUUUGCGUUUUUUGCCGCAUUGUCUGUAAAAGGAGAAAUUUUUCUCUGGGGUGCAAACAACUACUUUCAGUGCUCACCCAAUGUGGAUCUUAAAUGUUGUCCUACAGCACAGCGCCGCAGUAUUCCGGGUGAAAAAGUUAUUCAAGUAGCGUGUUCAAACUUUACCGUUCUUGCACUCACUGCAUCUGGUUCUGUGUACGGCUGGGGGCACACCUUUCUUCUUUGCGAUGGGAGCGACGUGCUUGAGCAGGUGCCGGACGAGUUGGUGGUUGGACUCAAGGCUGGCUCAGAUAAUCGGACGGCUGUGCUUGAACCCGUCAGGCUCAGGGCUCUAGAGGACAAAUCUGUAGCAUUUUUGCGAAUGGGACCGUGGCACGCAGUAGCGGUUAGCACAAAUGGUCAGGUAUACACGUGGGGGCUUGGGAAAAAUGGGGCGCUCGGUCAUGGAAGUGAGAGUGAUGUGACGACACCAAAACUCAUUACAACGAUUAACACCAAAGUUAUGGAGGCAUCGUGUGGUAGUUUUCACACAUGUUUUGUGACUGCCGAUGGUUUAGUUUAUGCCUGCGGCGACAACCAAGGAGGACAGUGUGGGGUAAUGGGAGAGAUGAAGAUCACCACCUGUCGUUGUAUGUAUGUCCCUUCUUAUCAUAAAGUGAUAUCGGUUACGUGUGGUCGACACCAUACAUUGCUUCUUCUAGAAACAGGGGAGGUUGUUUCCUACGGGACAGGUCUGGGUUUAGGCAUAGGUGCUGGGUACAGCAUGCGCAUGGUGCGUGGCUUCCAUAUCUUGGAUAAUUAUACAACAUUAUGCCUAUCUGGAGGGUCCUGCCAUAAUUUUUCCUUAGCGAUACCGAAAACCUUGUCCAUGAUUUUUCUUGGGAUUCCACACGGUGAUGUUCCCCCGGCACUUCGAGUGAUUGACUUGAACAAUGGAUUACUAGGUGCAGCUUUGGGGCAGGACUUUUCUCUUUUGCUGACGCGACGCGGUUCCUGCUACACCAUGGGUGUAGGGGGAUGCGGCCAGCUAGGUUUUGAUACCCGUAACAUAAAGGAGUUUACCUCCGACAAAGUGCCUGUGGUGCGCCAUGCCACGCGCGUCUCGUAUUUUUUUCGGACGACAAUCGCACAGGUUAGUGCCGGCGUUAGCUUUGCUAUGGCUCUUAGUGACAGUCAACGCGUGUUUGCCUGGGGAAGCAACACCUACGGCCAGUGUGGACUUGGUGUGUGCCCGAAGCAGUAUCGAAUUAUAAGCGAACCCCGCGAGAUCACAUGGCUAGCCGACAAGUUAAUCAUUCAAGUUGCUUGUGGCUGCUUCUUUGGCAUGGCACUUGCCAUCACGGGGGAGGUGUACACCUGGGGUGCUAUUGAGUGCUGUGGUAAUGGGCUGCAACCUCUUCCCUCCAUUGUGCCAGCGAGUCUUAUCAUAAGUUCAGUGGGACCUGAAACCAUGGCCAGUGUGUUGCUUCCGGUAAAGGUAUCAAGUUUAUUUGGUAUUGUUUCGGUAGCCGCGGGAUCGUCGCAUGCCGUGGCACUGAAUGCGCUGGGAGAGAUAUUUACCUGGGGUAUUGGCAGAUGCGGUUGCCUGGGACUUGGGACAAUAGAAGAUCAUUAUGUGCCUAGUAAGGUUAAGGUCUCCAUGAGAGCUCACUUUGCCCGCAUUGGCUGUGGCCCCUUCUCCAGCUUUGGUCUUACCGAUGAGGGAAAGAUGUACGUGUGGGGCGCAAACGAUCGGCGGCAGCUGUCCGUGGAAGGUACCUGUGCGUUGUUCCCAGCGCAGGUUCUUGAUUGCGUGAAGGAGGCGGCGAUGGGGAAGCACUACACCCUUGUACUGACGCGCGCCGACGAGUUGAGGUUUGCUGGAGUCUUGGACGGUGAGGAUGGCCGACGUGUAAGCCACUCCUUUUACGACACAGAGGCUCUGCCUCCCCUCAUUACACCAGCUGCUCUGCAAAAGAACGGCUAUCGUGCUGUGCGCAUCUUUGGCGGCGUCGGUCAUGCCAUAUUGUUGGUGGAGAGGAAUACCAUUGAUCCUGACGUCAUCGCUGGCUUGCACUACGCGAUGCGGGAGCAGCCACGACGCAUCAUCACACGGCUCAUUAAGUAA